AUGCUCUUGCCUCUUGCUAGCAUCUCACGUCGAUCAGCGCGUCCCAAAACACAGACGGAUCACCCGCAUCAGCCCAAAGUGCUGUCUUGCGAAACAUGCCUGUCUGUAGAAACAGAAAACUUCGCCAAAAAAGCCAAAGACGGUCGGUUGCCGUGGUUUCCCGACUCCUCCAAGAUCGCUGACAUCGUGACGAAGCUACGAAAUGCUGCCCCGCAGAUCACGUACGUGCUAUCCGUCUUGGGAACUGAGUGGGGAGAAGACUUAGCUGCGCGCGAAAUCUUGUUCCGCGAAAAGUUGUACGACACGGCUUUCCUUGACCAGCUCUGGCCUUGCGAGACCUGCAAGCAUGCCGAGCAGCUUCCUGAGGUGCAGCAGGAGAUUCAACUUUGCGGACAUGUCCGCAGCUUGCGGAACUUCAUUGAGGGAAGGCUGAAUUCCAAUGAGCAGACAAUACCAAAAGUCAAGGACUUCUUGGACAAGCUGAAGGUCGGAUUGCUUGACGAGAAGAUCGCGGCUGCCAUAUCCCCCGAGCAAGACCAAAACGUAGACUGGAGCGAGGUCGAGUUUGUCAAGGUGGAACUGGGCAGCAUCCUCAACCAGACAAGGCAGUACGCCAUAUCUCAUCAAGCAGCCACAAGCGACAGCACGGGGACCGCGAAAGCCGAGGAGCUUGAGGCACAACUGAAGCGCGACAUCGCAGCCAACGAGGCUGACUUCGACCGCCGCGUGCGCCAGCGCACGGAAGCCGCGGACGCCGGCCGCCACGCUGCCGAGGAGCGCGCGCAGAAGGCUGAACAAGUGGCCAAGGAUGCCGAGAAGAAGACCCGACAGCUAGAGGCCCAAGUGGAGGAGCAGAAGACACGGAUUGAAGAUCUUGAAGCAGCCUUGAAACAAGAGGCAGCAAAGGCUUCCAAAGCCCAGGGCCUCGAAGACCAGCUAAAAGAAGAGCGGACCAAGAGAAGAGCCGACCAGGAAAAGUUGGCAGAAUGUCAGCGUCUCCAGUUGCAACUCCGGGCGGUGUCUACGAGUUUUGAGCACAUCUUACCUAACGCUGAGGUUGCCUAA